GUAGCGGACGGACAUCUCAACAAAGCAGUUGAUGGACCGAGAGUUUGACGCUGCAACAAUGUCGAUCGGGUUCAUAGGCGCCGGGAAGAUGGCACAAGCGCUUACAAGAGGAUUUCUCGCGUCGCGAAUCACGUCGAAAGAGCAGAUAAUAGCGAGUGCUCCGACUCUACAGUCGAUUUCGGACAUCAAGAAGUAUGGCAUCCACGUAACGUGCAACAACCAGGAGACGGUGCAGGACAGUAAGGUGGUUGUGGUGGCCGUCAAACCGAACGUCGUGCCUUCUGUGUUGAGAGAAGUCUCUCCUGUCGUCACCAGGGAUCACUUGUUUGUGUCCAUAGCGGCUGGAGUAAGGAUCAAGUCAAUAGAAGAGGAAUUACCGCCUCAAACGAGAGUAGUCCGAGUAAUGCCCAACACACCUUGCUUAGUACAACAAGCCGUCUCUGUCCUCAGCACAGGAUCGAGUGCAAAAAAUGGUGAUGCAGAGUUUGUCAAACGGCUAAUGUCAGCCGUCGGUCAUGUGGAAGAAUCCGAUGAGAAUAUUCUUGAUGCAGUAACAGGACUGAGUGGGUGUGGUCCGGGGUAUAUGUUUAUGGCAUUAGAUGCCAUGGCAGAUGGAGGUGUUCGAUGUGGACUGCCGAGAGACAAAGCAGUGCAGCUGGCUGCACAUACGAUGAUGGGAGCUGCAAAGAUGGUCUUAGACAGCGGAAAGCAUCCUGCACAAUUGAAAGACGACGUCUGCUCUCCUUCCGGUGCAACAAUACACGCCAUCUCGAGACUCGAGAAACUCGGCUUUAGAGGAGCUAUCAUCGACGCUGUCAUGACAGCAUUUGAAAGGACACACGAAUUAGGACAAUCAAAGUAGAGAGUAAAUAGUUUAUUGUUUGUAUGAUGACAUAGAUGUGAUCAUACGACGUUCUCUAAGUGAUCUAGCGACAUGUAAGCUACUAAACUAGACAACACAAAUAUUUUUGAUGAAAGUUGUUAUUACCAUGAUUAUGUCUGUCAAUAUUGUGUGUCCAUAGUGUCUGACAUCUACAUCACAUACGUACAU